AUGGAAGAAGAUAAUUAAUUUAAUGAGGAUUUUAUUCGCGUCUAGGGUUUAUACAGAAGAGCCUGGUAACUUAGACACGCACAAAAGAUUAGAAUAAGAUAACUAAUGGAUAUGUAUAAAGCAUAACUAUUGAUUAUUUGCCCUAAAGUCUAUGGUUUUUAAUGUAAAUUGCAAAGCUUAUUGCCUAAUCCUACUGACAAUAAAAAACUCUUGAAGAAGAUUGCAAAGUAUUAAUGGGUUCAAAUAUAUUUCUAUGACUUAAAAUUUUAAUCUUUUAUUCAUUAGGAUUAUUGCACUUAUCUAAUUUAUAAUAAAAUACCUAUUCCAAAUGGUAGAUACGAAAAUUAAUUUUAAACAGAUAUUUUUAAUUUUUUUCAAGACAAAGUUUGCCAAUUUAUAAUACAGAUUAAUGCAGGUUUUUAUGAAAGUUUGAUUUUAUAAGACAUAAAUUCUCAAUAUUACUGUGAAGAAUAAGUAGAUAAUUUUGAUUACAAUAAUCUUGUAGAGUAUUUAAGUUACAAUUUAGAUGAUAUUCUAUCAGAAGAAUAAGAAUACAUGAUUGAACAUCACAUGAGAGAAGUUGUCUCAGAAAUAAUAAAAAUAGAGUAUUUAGCCGUAGUCGAUUUCAUACAACAAAACUAUAGCGAUCUUAUAACAAAUACUGAAAUUAAACUCUCCUAAUAAUACCCUGACUCAUUUUGUUAUAGCAAUUUUGGUCAUGGUUUCUAUGAAUUAAAUUCUAGAAAAAAUAAAAAAAAUAAAAUAUAACGAAUUCAAGAAUGUUAAGAUGUAAGCAAACUUAAUUUCGGCAUCUACUACACUCAAGUAAAGAAGACAAUCAUUAUUCUUGAAAUAGCAGCUAAAUAUAAAAUAGCCUACAUAAUCAAUUAUUUUGACCAUUAUAGAAAACAAUCAUCCAUAUUUGAAAAAAUAGAAGACUUCAAAAUUUACAAAAUAAAUACUAUAAAACUAAAUGUUGAAGAGGCUUAUGAACUUAUUAAGUAUCUAAAAUAUAAAAAUCGUUCUUGUAAACAGCUUUGGAAAGAAACUAUAUAAUUUUAUAAACAAUAGGACUUUGAUGAGUUCACUCAGUUUUUAGAAAUGAAGGAAUAAAAUUAUUAUUAAACUUUGGACGAUAUAACAAGAUUCAUUUCUACAAUUUCUCCUCAAUCAAAUAACUAUUAAGAAAUCUAUUCUUAAGCAUUAGUUUCAAAAAUACAAUAGAAUUAAAGUUAUAAUUUGGAUCUGAUACCAAUUAUAGAGUUUGAUUACGAUCUAAAGAAACUUGUAAAAUCUCAAAUUCAAAAUGCUGCUAUUUUAGAAGAUCAAUAAAAGCUAACAAUUGGAGUAGUUAUUUACUUAGAUCAAACUCAAACCAUUCUUUUUGUGAAAGAUGCUAACAAUUUGGUAAUGCCUAAUGAUUCCAGUUUAGAGUUUUCUGAAAAAGAAACAAUUCUCAUUACUAAUCCAAAUGUUCAUGGCGAAGAGUUUCAAGAUUUUUACUUCCAGAUUAAAAAAACUAAAAUGGACAAAAAGAACAUUAUUAUUUUUGAUGUAAAUACAAAAGCAAUUUAAUCGUCUGUUGCCUAAUUUUAUGUGACAUUAAUACUCUAAAAGACUGAAAAUGGUUAGUUGAGAAAUAUUUAGAAGUUUUUGGAAUUAAAAACCACUGCUUGGACUAACAUUUUAAAGAUUUUAGGGUGA